AUGCCAGCUAAAAUUAUCUUAUCGGGAGCUACUGGAUUCAUUGCUCAACACAUACUCAGUGAGCUCUUGCAACAAAACUAUACCGUUGUUGCCACCGUUCGAUCCAAGGCAAAAGGUGAUCAUUUGCUUAAACUUUUCAACUCACCAUCGAACUUGAGUUAUGUCGUUGUUGAGGAUGUUGCUAAGCCGCAUGCAUUUGAUGAGGUAUUAAGAGAGAAUGAAGACGCCACAGUUUUCAUUCACACGGCAUCUCCAUUCCAUUUCAAAGCCACUGAUAUUGCCAAGGAGUUACUUGAGCCUGCGGUUGAAGGUACCAAGAAUGCAUUGAUUGCCAUUCAAAAGUAUGGUAAGAAUAUAAAGGAUGUUGUUAUUACCUCUUCGUUUGCAGCCAUUGGUACUGCUAGUGUUGUUGCUGAUCCAAAGGCUAUACUCUCUGAAGCAGAUUGGAAUGAAGUCACGCAAGAGGAAGCUGUUGCCAAUCCAGUUAAUGGGUAUCGUGCGUCAAAGACGUUUGCUGAAAGAGCUGCUUGGGACUUUAUCAGAGACAAUUCCAGUGGAUUUGAAUUGACCACAGUGAAUCCUACAUUUGUGUUUGGACCCCAGUUGUUUGACUCUGAAGUUAAAGAUAAUUUGAAUACUAGUUCGGAAGUGAUUAAUUCGCUUACUAAAUUAAAAAGUGGAGACAAGAUACCACCAUUCAAAGGUGGAUGGAUUGAUGUAAGGGAUGUGGCAAAGGCACAUUUGGUUGCAUUUGAAAAUCCAGAGGCCAAAGGGCAAAGGCUCUUGUUGAAUGCUGGUCAAUUCACCGAGCAGUCCAUUAUUGAUAUUGUUAAGGAGAAGUUCCCAGAGGAAUUGAAAGAUGUUCCAACUGGUGAACCUGGUUCUGGACCAACAGUUGUUGCUGAAACUUUGGCAAGUAUUGACAACUCAAAGACCAAGCAGAUCUUAGGGUUUGAGUUUAUCACACUUGGCAAAUCAAUUAUCGAUUCAGUUCAGCAGAUUAUUGAUGCUAAAAAACGUAAAGUAGAGUAA